AUGUCUGCUCCCAAGGGUCGUCUUCAAGGCAAGAAUGCCAUCAUCACCGGUGCCGCUGGUGGCAUUGGUCUCGAGACCACCAUCCUCUUCGCUCGUGAGGGUGCCAACAUUCUCCUCGCCGAUAUCUCCGAGCCAGCUUUGGCCAAGGCUCUUGCAAAGGUCAAGGAGGUUGUCCCCACCGCCGGUCGGUUGGAGACCAUCCGCUGCGACGUGUCGAAGGAGGCCGAUGUUCAGGCCAUGGUCGAGUCUCAGGACAGCUGGGGUGGUGUGGAUGUGAUCUUCAACAAUGCUGGUAUCAUGCACGCCGAUGAUGCGGACGCCGGAGUGUGGUUCGGUUGCAAGCACGCUGUGCUGAGCAUGCGUCGCAACAAGAAGAAGACCGGCAGCGUGAUCAACACGGCUAGCUUUGUCGCCUUGAUGGGUGCUGCCACCCCUCAGCUGGCUUAUACUGCCAGCAAGGGUGCUGUUCUGGCCAUGACUCGCGAGUUGGCCAUCGUCCACGCCCGUGAGGGUUUCCGCUUCAAUUCGCUCUGCCCCGGUCCCCUCAACACUCCCCUCCUGCAGGACUGGCUUGGUGACGACCACGCCAAGCGCUUCCGCCGUGAGGUGCACUUCCCCAGUGGCCGCUUCGGCGAGGCCAUUGAGCAAGCACACGCCGUUGUGUUCCUGGCCAGCGACGAAAGCAGCUUCGUCAAUGGCACAGACUUUGUGGUGGAUGGCGGUCUCAGCAAGGCAUACGUCACUGCCGAAGGCCCUGCCCCAGCUGCGCCUCAGAACCUCGCCCACUAG